UGCCAUGGCAACCGGCGCGACAUUUCCGCUGUCGAGAAAUGUCAUUUCCGGCGCGCCUGUCCCGGCACAUCCGGGUUCCGUCCCCGACUCGGCGCGCUUCUAUCCCGGAGCGGGCAGUUGUGUUUGAUACGCUGAGCAGGAGAGAGUGACAGGGCAUGUCACUGUCCCACUUGUACCGGGACGGGGAAGGCCAAGGCCACAUGGAUGACGAGGACGAGCGGGAGAACUUUGAGAUCACCGACUGGGAUCUCCAGAAUGAAUUCAACCCCAACCGGCAGCGCCACUGGCAGACCAAGGAAGAGGCCACCUACGGAGUGUGGGCAGAGCGAGACUCGGAUGAAGAGAGGCCCAGCUUUGGAGGCAAACGGGCCCGCGACUACUCGGCGCCAGUCAACUUCAUCAGCGCGGGGCUCAAGAAAGGGGCGGCAGAAGAGCCGGAGCUGGAAGGCUCCGACGAUGAGGAGAAACCUGUGAAGCAGGAUGAAUUUCCUAAGGAUUUCGGACCAAAGAAGUUAAAAACGGGUGGCAAUUUUAAACCCAGCCAGAAAGGUUUUGCAGGAGGCACCAAGUCUUUCAUGGAUUUUGGCAGCUGGGAAAGACACACAAAAGGAAUUGGACAGAAGCUUCUUCAGAAGAUGGGCUAUGUCCCUGGAAGAGGCCUCGGGAAGAAUGCGCAAGGUAUCAUCAACCCAAUCGAAGCCAAGCAGAGAAAGGGGAAGGGCGCUGUGGGGGCAUACGGCUCGGAGCGCACCACUCAGCCCCUGCAAGACUUCCCCAUGGCUGACUCUGAAGAAGAAGCCGAGGAGGAAUUUCAGAAGGAGCUGAGCCAGUGGAGGAAAGACCCCAGCGGAAGCAAGAAGAAGCCCAAAUACUCUUACAAGACAGUUGAAGAGUUGAAAGCCAAGGGCAGGAUUAGCAAGAAGCUCACUGCUCCCCAGAAGGAGCUUUCUCAGGUCAAGGUCAUAGACAUGACGGGCCGGGAGCAGAAGGUCUACUACAGCUACAGCCAGAUGAGCCACAAGCACAGCGUCCCCGACGACGGGCUCCCGCUGCAGGCACAGCAGCCGCCCCAGCCCGGCAAGGAGGCCAGGGCCCCCGGCUUCGCGCUGCCCGAGCUGGAGCACAACCUGCAGCUGCUCAUCGACCUCACGGAGCAGGAGAUCAUCCAGAACGACCGGCAGCUGCAGUACGAGCGAGACAUGGUGGUCAACCUGUCCCACGAGCUGGAGAAGAUGUCGGAGGUCCUGGAGCACGAGGAGCGGGUCAUCUCCAACCUGAGCAAGGUCCUGGAGCUCGUGGAGGAGUGCGAGCGGCGCCUGCAGCCCGGCUGCGGUGACCCCCUCACCCUGGACGAGUGCGCCCGCAUCUUCGAGACGCUGCAGGACAAGUACUACGAGGAGUACAGGAUGUCCGACCGCGUGGACCUGGCCGUGGCCAUCGUCUACCCGCUCAUGAAGGACUACUUCAAGGAGUGGGACCCCCUCAAGGACUGUACGUACGGCACCGAGAUCAUCUCCAAGUGGAAAAGCCUCCUGGAGAACGACCAGCUGUUGUCCCACGGCGGGCAGGACCUCUCGGCAGAUGCCUUCCACAGGCUGAUAUGGGAAGUCUGGAUGCCAUUUGUUCGAAAUAUCGUCACUCACUGGCAGCCGAGGAACUGUGACCCGAUGGUGGACUUCCUGGAUAGCUGGGUGCACAUCAUUCCCGUGUGGAUCUUGGAUAACAUCCUGGACCAGCUCGUCUUCCCCAAGCUGCAGAAGGAGGUGGAAAACUGGAACCCGCUGACAGACACCGUCCCCAUCCACUCGUGGGUCCACCCGUGGCUGCCGCUCAUGCAGGCGCGCCUGGAGCCGCUCUACUCCCCCAUCCGCAGCAAGCUGGCCAGCGCCCUGCAGAAGUGGCACCCCAGCGACUCCUCGGCCAAGCUCAUCCUCCAGCCCUGGAAAGAUGUCUUCACCCCCGGCUCCUGGGAAGCAUUCAUGGUCAAGAACAUAGUGCCCAAGCUGGGGAUGUGCCUCGGGGAGUUGGUCAUCAACCCCCACCAGCAGCACAUGGAUGCUUUUUAUUGGGUCAUCGACUGGGAAGGGAUGAUCUCUGUCUCCAGCCUGGUGGGGCUUCUUGAAAAGCACUUCUUCCCCAAGUGGCUUCAGGUGCUGUGCUCCUGGCUCAGUAACAGCCCAAAUUACGAGGAGAUCACCAAGUGGUACCUGGGUUGGAAGUCCAUGUUCUCAGACCAAGUGCUGGCGCACCCAUCCGUCAAGGACAAAUUUAACGAGGCACUUGAUAUCAUGAACAGGGCGGUGUCCUCCAAUGUCGGCGCCUACAUGCAGCCCGGAGCACGGGAGAACAUCGCCUACCUCACCCACACGGAGCGCAGGAAGGAUUUCCAGUACGAGGCCAUGCAGGAGCGACGGGAGGCUGAGAACAUGGCCCAGAGAGGCAUCGGCGUGGCUGCCAGCUCCGUGCCCAUGAACUUCAAAGACCUCAUUGAGACCAAGGCUGAGGAGCACAACAUCGUCUUCAUGCCCGUCAUCGGGAAGCGACACGAAGGAAAGCAGCUGUACACCUUCGGCCGCAUCGUCAUCUACAUCGAUCGGGGCGUGGUGUUCGUGCAGGGGGAGAAGACCUGGGUGCCCACCUCCCUGCAGAGCCUGAUUGACAUGGCCAAGUAGACCGCGGCACCUGCCACGGACGGACUUGUGAAUAAACAAACAGUAUUUUAAGUCAUAG